AUGGCCAACAAUCAAGGCUGCAAGAUCACACUCUAUUGGCUCGAGCAAUCCCGAAGCCACCGCAUCCUCUGGCUCUUAGAAGAACUGAAACUGGAAUAUGAACUCAAGACCUUCAAACGCCGCGCCGACAAGCUCGCUCCGGCCGAGUUGAAAGAGGUCCACCCACUGGGCAAGUCACCUAUAGUGACCAUCCAAGCACCGGGCGCCGCAAAACCGCUAGUGCUGGCGGAGUCGGGGGCGAUCAUGGAAUACCUCUGUGACCACUUUGGUAACGCGCGCCCGACGCUAGUACCACAACGCUACACAACGGGCAGCGAGGGCCAAGUGGGUGGAGAGACCGAGGAGUGGAUGCGCUACCGCUACUUCAUGCACUACGUGGAGGGCAGCCUGAUGCCGUUCUUGGUCAUGAGUCUUGUGAAUGACACUAUUCGGAACGCCCCUCCAUUCUUCAUUCGGCCUAUCACCGGCAUGGUUGCCGCCCAAGUGGAUAAUCACUUCCUCAACCGCAACAUUGAUGGUAAUCUCGCUUUCCUUGAGGACCAGCUCCGCACGUCUCCUGAGGGUGGCGAGUACAUCUGCGGUAAGGAGUUGACGGCUGCUGAUAUCCUGCUGAGUUUCCCGGUCAUUGCUGUCACCGGGAGAGCGCUGAAGGAGCAGAAGAACAAGGAUAAAUACCCUCUUAUAAUCCAGUAUGCCAAGCGCCUCGAGAACAAUGAGGGGUACCAGCGUGCUGUGAAGAAGAUCGAGGCGAUCGAGGGGAAAUUCUCGGCUUCCAUGUAA